AUGUCUUCAGAACAACUCAGCACCGGUUCACUCUUCAGCCUCAAUGGCCUUGUCGCGGUCGUGACAGGCGGAGGCUCAGGCAUCGGCCUCAUGUUCGUCAAGGCAUUACUCCAAAAUGGUGCCGCAAAGGUCUACAUCGCUGGUAGAAGGAAGGAAAAGCUGGAUGAAGUCACCAGCUCAUUGGGCGACAAGGUCGUUGGGGUCCAGUGCGACGUCACCUCCAAGUCAGAUCUGCAGAACAUGGUUUCUCAGAUUGAGAAGGACACUGGGUACGUCAACCUAUUGGUGUGCAACUCCGGUAUUGGAGGACCUCAAGUCAAGCCACUCACUCCUGAAACGACUCUGGAAGAAUGGGCCAAGUCCAACUUUGACACUGAUUUCGGCGACUAUGUCAAUACGUUCGCCAUCAAUACCGCUUCUGUCUGGUUCACGAGCAUGGCUUUCCUCCCACUUCUGAAGAAGGGCAACGAGAAGGGUAAUGUCGAGCAGACUUCGCAAGUCAUUGUUACCAGCUCCAUCGCCGCAUUCAACAAGAAAGCUCCUGGCGGUUGGGCAUACGGACAGUCCAAGGCUGGAGCUGUUCUGGCAGCCAGGCAGCUUGCCGUUGCCCUUCCUCAGUGGAACAUCAGAGCCAAUUGUAUUGCUCCUGGAUUAUUCCCAAGCGAAAUGUCAGAGCCGAUCGUCAAGAUGUAUACCGAUGAGUCAGGACAGCCUGGUGCCGUGCCGACAUCAAUGGCGCCACUUCGAAGAAUGGGAGACGAGAAGGAUAUGUCGGGAACUUUCCUAUAUCUUGCAUCUCGGGCGGGUGGAUAUUGUAACGGCACAGUUAUAGUCGUCGAUGGCGGUCGCUUGAGUAACUUUCCGACCACCAAUUAG